UGGUCCACAAAGUAUCAGUAUGGCCAGAAGUUUGUGGCUCUGCCUCGGCCUAGCCGUGGCUUACACAUGCGUCUCCCUGACCUCGGCUAAGGAGCCGAGGAGCAGGAGGGACCUCGAGGUGGCAGCCAGCCAUCAUGGCGGCGGCGGCGGCGGCGGCGGAGGCGGUGGUGGUGGCGGUGGUGGUGGUGGUCACGAAAGCGGCGGUGGUCACGACCAUCACGGCAGCCAUCACGAGGAACACGGAGAUAAAGGAGAAAAGGGCUACAAGAGCCACCAUCACCACGAUCACGGCGAUCACGGUCAUUACGGUAAAGACCACGAGGGAGGACACCACGAGGAGCAUGGUGGACACAAGAAGGGCCACCACGACGAGCACGACGAGCACGGGAGCCACCACGAACACGAGGAAGGACACAAGGGGGAGAAAUUCGGGCACAAGAAGGGCCACAAAAAGGGAGAGAAGACACACGGCUACCAUCAUAAGGCUCACAAGGACGAGUACCACAAGGAGCACAAGUUCUACGAUGACUACCAUAAGGGUGGGCAUCACGAGAAACAUGGCCAUCAUCAUGGAGACCAUAAGAGUAGCGAGGGCCAUCACAAGAAGGGUGGUCAUCAUCAUUCCGGACAUCAUAGCGAUCACCACGGCAAAAAGGGACACUCUGAUAAGGGACACUUCGACGAGGACCACAAAGGUUUCCAUGGUAAACACGGAUUCGACGAGCAUCACUCGCACCAUGAGGAUUAUGGUAACAAGCACGAACACCAUGGAGGAAAGUCACAUGGAUUCUCCAGCGGUGGAGGAGGUGGUGGAGGCGGACAUGGAGGAGGUGGUGGUGGCGGACACGGAGGCGGUGGAGGCGGUGGUCACGGAGGACAUGGUGGAGGCGGACACGGAGGCGGUGGAGGCGGUGGUGGAGGAGGUGGACAUGGAGGAGAUGGUGGAGGCGGACACGGAGGCGGUGGAGGCGGUGGUCACGGAGGACAUGGUGGAGGCGGACACGGAGGCGGUGGUGGCGGUGGUCACGGAGGACACCAUCGACGUUGAAAAAAGACAUAUGAAAUUUUGUUUUGAUUCGUUGAUGUAUUUGUUUUGUAUUCUAUCGUUGAUUAAUUUUAGACAAUUUAUUGGAAUUUGUCGUGUUCCAUGUUUUCAGCUUGAUGAUUAAAAGAUUUAACCUAA